GCGGAGGUUCCUUAGCAGGCGGAGGUUCCUUAGCAGGCGGAGGUUCCUUUGAAGGCGGAGGUUCCUUAGUAUUAGGUAAUGGGUCUUUAAGAGGUGGGUCUUUAAUUACAUCUUCAACCUUUUUCACAAUUGGUUCAGCAAUUUUUUUGGCAUCGUCAGGUAGUUUAGCCUUUGCAUCUAUCGAUAAAAGUUCUCGUUUACGAUGGUAG